UCGGAGCCAAGAUGGCGGCGGUCGGCGGGCGGUGCGGACGGGUGGGGAGCGCAGCGGCGGCGGUAGCGGGGCUGUGAGCGGAGCUUCCGCCGCUCUCCUCCCCUCCCAGUCCGGCCCGGCCCGGCCCCGCCGCGCCAUGGCCCGCCUGGCCGAUUACUUCGUCCUCGUAGGGUACGACCCCGGCAAACGCGGGAGCGGGGAUGGCCAGGGACAGAUCCUGCAGCGCUUCCCGGAGAAGGACUGGGAGGACAACCCCUUUCCACAGGGCAUUGAGCUGUUCUGCCAGCCCAGCGGCUGGCAGCUGUUCCCCGAGAUGAACCCUCCCAGCUUCUUCGUGGCCGUGCUGACCGACAUCAACUCCGAGCGCCACUACUGCGCCUGCUUCACCUUCUGGGAGCCCCUGGACACCACCCAGGCUCAAAGCCACCCUAGGAAUGGUGAGGAGGAGGAGGAAGAAGAGGAACCAUCAUCUCCUGUUCAACCCACGCAGCUCUUUGCUCCCAAAAGCUUGGUGCUGGUGUCACGCUUGGACCAUGCUGAGGUGUUCAGGAACAGCCUGGGCUUGAUCUACACCAUCUAUGUGGACGGGAUGAGCGUGGCCUUGGAGAGCAUUGUGGGCAACCUCCUGACCUGCACCAUCCCCAUCACUGGAGGAGCUCAGAGGACCAUCUGCCUAGGAGCAGGGGACAGGCAGGUCAUCCAGACCCCCAUCAAUGACUCGCUGCCUGUCAGUAGCUGCAGCGUGGCCCUGCUCUUCCGACAGCUCGGCAUCACCAACGUGCUGUACCUCUUCUGCGCGGCGCUGACAGAGCACAAGAUCCUCUUCCUCUCCAGCAGCUACCAGCGGCUGACUGAUGCCUGCCGUGCUCUCCUGGCCCUGAUGUUCCCCCUCAAGUACAGCUUCACCUACGUGCCCAUCUUGCCUGCACAGCUCCUGGAGGUCCUGAGCACUCCAACACCUUUCAUCAUUGGGGUCCACUCCAUCUUCCAGUCGGAGACCCAAGAGCUGCUGGAUGUGGUCAUCGCAGACCUGGAUGGUGGGACUGUCAAUGUCCCUGAGUGUGUCCACAUCUCUCUGCUGCCUGAACCUCUGCUCCAGCAGACCCGGGAAGCCCUCUCCAUGGUCCUGGACCCAGAGCUGGAGGUGGCUGACCUCGCCUUCCCCCCCUCAACUAUCUCUGUCUCUUCUCUCAAAAUGCAGGACAAGGAGAUCCGUGCCGUCUUCCUGCGGCUCUUUGCUCAGCUGCUGCAGGGCUAUCGCUGGUGCCUGCACAUCAUCCGCAUCCACCCCGAACCUGUCAUCCGCUUCCACAAGGCAGCCUUCCUGGGGCAGAGGGGGCUGACAGAAGAUGACUUCCUCACCAAGGUGCUGGAGGGCAUGGCCUUCGCCGGCUUUGUCACCGAGCGGGGCGCCCCCUACCGCUCCAUUGACCUCUUCGAUGAGCUUGUGGCCUAUGAAGUGAAGCGCAUGAAGGCAGAGGAGGGGAACAAGCAGAAGAUCCUAAGGCACAUCAAGGAACUGGCAGAGAAGCUCUACAAAAAUGAGAACCCCUACCCGGCGGUGACCAUGCACACAGUGAAGAAGCCCAAGGAAGGCCAUCACCUGCGGGUCCAGCAGAAGCCCUUCCCCAGGCUGGAUGAGGGCUUGGUGCAGUGGAUCAUCGACCAGGCCACUGCCAAGCUGCAGACAGCUCCUCCGGCUGUGAAGGCUGAGGUGAAGUGCAUGGUGCCAUCAGGCCCUCCCAUCGCUGCCAUCAUGGAGCGCAACGGCAAUGCCAUGGCCAACAGUGCCCGGCGCCUGGAGGUGGUCAGGAACUGCAUCUCCUAUGUCUUUGAGAACAAGAUGUUGGAAGCCAAAAAGCUGUUCCCAGCUGUGCUGCGGGCCAUGAAGGGCCGAGCGGCUCGGCAGUGCCUGACCCAGGAGCUGAACCUCCACGUCCAGCAGAACAGGGCCGUGCUGGACCACCAGCAGUUCGACUUCGUCAUCCGCAUGAUGAACUGCUGCCUGCAGGACUGCACAGCCAUGGACGAGCACGGGAUUGCGGCAGCGCUCCUGCCGCUGGUCACUGCCUUCUGCCGGAAACUGAGCCCAGGCAUCACGCAGUUUGCCUACAGCUGCGUGCAGGAGCACGUGGUGUGGACCAACAUCCAGUUCUGGGAGGCCAUGUUCUACUGCGACGUCCAGAACCACAUCCGGGCCUUGUACCUGGACAGCACCGAGGAGAACCAUGUAGAGGAGGAGGACAACCAAGAAGCCAAGUCUGCCCUGGAGAUAGCAUCUGAGCAGUUGAGGUUGUGGCCCACUAUGAGCAAGGAGAAGCAGCAGGAGCUGAUCCAGAAGGAGGAGAGCACAGUCUUCAGCCAGGCCAUCCACUAUGCCAACCGCAUGAGCUACCUUCUGCUGCCCCUGGACACCAGCAAGAACCGACUGCUCCGCAGCUCGGGACUGGGAGAUGUGGAGAGUGUCAGCAACAGCUUCGUCACCAACAGCAUCGCCGGCAGCGUGGCCGAGAGCUACGACACGGAGAGCGGCUUCGAGGACGCCGAGAGCUCGGACGUGGCCAACUACGUGGUGAGGUUCAUCAACCGCUUCGUGGACAAGGUCUGCACCGAGAGCGGCGUCACCAACGAGCACCUCAAGGGGCUGCACGUCAUGAUCCCGGAUAUCGUGCAGAUGCACAUAGAGACCUUGGAUGCUGUCCAUAGGGAGAGCAAGAGGCUUCCUCCCAUCCAGAAGCCCAAGCUGCUGCGGCCCAACCUCCUGGUGGGUGAGGAGUGUGUGAUGGAGGGGCUCCGUGUGUACCUCAUGCCUGAUGGGCGGGAGGAAGCUGCUGGAGGAAAUAUUGGUGGCCCACCUCUGCUCCCUGCAGAAGGAGCCAUCUUCCUCACCACCUACCGCAUCAUCUUCAAAGGGACACCCACAGACCCGCUGGUGGGGGAGCAGGUGGUGAUCAGGUCGUUCCCCAUCGCCUCGUUGACCAAAGAGAAGAAAAUCAGCAUCCAGGCCCAGGUGGAUCAGUUCAUCCAGGAGGGCUUGCAGCUCCGCUCCUGCACAUUCCAGCUUCUGAAGAUCGCCUUCGACGAGGAGGUGGCUUCGGAGAGCGCCGAGAUCUUCCGGAAGCACCUCCACAAGCUGCGCUACCCCCAGCACGUGCGCGGCACCUUCGCCUUCACCGUGGGCCAGGUCCCCAAGCAGGCCAUGCAGCCCAAGCCCAAGGAGAAGAACCCUUCCCUCAGCUCCCAGCAGGUGACCGAUAUCUUCCAGGGCCUGACAGUGGGGGUCAUGUCCCUUGGGCACCUUGGCCACUCAACCACGACGCUGUCCAAGAACCUGGUGAAGAAUGCCAAGAAGACCAUCGGCCGGCAGUAUGUGACCAGGAAGAAGUACACCCCACCCACCUGGGACCAGAGGAGCAGCCAGCACUUCCCUGAGGACAAUGAGGAUGAGAUCUCAGUGUCUGAAGAGAUGGACAGAAGCACUUUGACCCCCAGCACCACCAUCAGACCUUCAGACAAGAUGACCAUCAACCACCUGGUGGAGCGAGCCUGCUGCAGGGACUACCAGCGGCUGGGGCUGGGCACCCUCAGCAGCAGCCUGACGCGCUCCAAGAACGAACCCUUCCGCAUCUCCACCGUCAACCGCAUGUACGCCAUCUGCCGCAGCUACCCCGGGCUGCUGAUCGUGCCGCAGAGCAUCCAGGACAACACCAUCCAGCGGAUCUCGCGCUGCUACCGCCAGAGCCGCUUCCCCGUGGUCUGCUGGCGCAACGCCCGCACCAAGGCCGUGCUGCUGCGCUCCGGGGGCCUCCACGGCAAGGGCGUCGUGGGGCUCUUCAAGUCCCAGAACGCUCCCACCCCAGGUCCCUCUCAGACAGACUCCACCAGCCUGGAGCAGGAGAAGUACCUGCAGGCCGUCAUCAACUCCAUGCCUCACUACGCCGACGCGGGUGGCCGCAACACCUUGAGCGGCUUCACCUCGGCCCACAUGAGCAGCACCGAUCUGUCCGACAGGAGACAACCCAAGCUGGGAUCCCUCAUGAAGCAGGUGAUGGGAGGGAAGGACGAUGGGCCCGGGACAAUUAGCCGUGGAGGGCUCGCUCACCGAGCUCGUGUCAUCACCCUGUCCACCCCCAAGUGCGUGUCUCCAAAGGGCCGCGAGACCCCCCGAGGGAAGUGGGGCAGCAUCCGGGCCAGCGGCCGCAUGAGCAGCUACGCCCUCAACGUGGACAUCGGCUCCCGGCUGGCCGGGAAGGACCUCCUGGGGGCCCAGCACAACGGCACCCCCUCGGAGGCCACCUUCCUGCGGCCGCACCGCGCCUCCCUCUACAUCAUCGGGGACAAGUCCCAGCUGAAGGGGGUGAAGCCAGACCCGCUGCAGCACUGGGAGGUGGUGCCCAUCGAGGUCUUCGAUGUCAGGCAGGUGAAGGCCAGCUUCAAGAAGCUGAUGAAGGCCUGUGUGCCAGGCUGCCCUUACAUUGACCCCAGUGUCACCUACUUGAGGUCCUUGGAGGAGUCUGAGUGGUUGUCCCAGAUCCACAAGAUCCUGCAGAUUUCAGUGUUGGUGGUGGAGCUCCUGGACACGGGUUCCUCUGUGCUCGUCAGUCUGGAGGACGGCUGGGACAUCACCACACAGGUGGUCUCCUUGGUGCAGCUGCUGUCAGACCCCUACUACCGGACGCUGGAGGGCUUUCGCCUGCUGGUGGAGAAGGAGUGGUUGUCCUUUGGCCACCGCUUCAGCCACCGCGGAGCCCAGACCUUGGCCGGCCAGAGCAGCGGCUUCGCCCCCAUCUUCCUGCAGUUCCUGGACUGUGUCCACCAGAUCCACCUGCAGUUCCCCAUGGAGUUCGAGUUCAGCCAGUACUACCUGAAGUUCCUCAGCUACCACUACAUCUCCAACCGCUUCCGGACCUUCCUGCUGGACUCCGACUACGAGCGCAUCGAGCUGGGUCUCCUGUACGAGGAGAAGGGUGAGAAGAAGAGCCAGCAGGUCUGCAAGUCCAUCUGGGACUACAUUGAGCGGCUGAACAAGAAGGCUCCUGUCUUUUUCAACUACAUGUAUGCUCCUGAGGAUGGGGAGGUGCUGAGGCCGUACAGCAACAUCUCCAACCUGAAGGUGUGGGACUACUACACGGAGGAGACCCUUUCUGAGGGCCCUUCCUACGACUGGGAGCUGACUCAGGGGCAGGUGGAGCAGGUAGAGGAGGACAGGCAGGACACCAGCGCUCCGCAGACCAAGCGCAGGAUCAUCUGGCCCUGUUACGACAACCGCAGCCGCACCGAGCCCGAUGCCAUCUCCAAGCUGCUGGAGGAGCUGCAGAACCUGGAGAUGGAGCUGGGGCAGGUCCCGGAGCGCUGGAAGGAGACCUGGGACAAGGUGAAAGCCUCACAGCGCAGCGAGGCACGGCAGGAGGGCAGCAGGACCCCCAGCUCCCUGCUGAUGUCCUCUGGCCUGUCCCACCACCGGCGCUCUCUGGGGGUCUACCUGCAGGAGAGUGGAGUGGGCUCCAGCCUGAACCUGAGCCUGGACAGCGACACCAGCAGCACCUCCACCCCCUCCAGCGGCAAGCAGGGCGGCCGCAGGAGCACCUCCACCCUCUACAGCCACUUCCAGAUGUCCGAGAGCGAGAACAGGUCCUACGAGGGGUCUCUCUACAAGAAAGGAGCCUUCAUGAAGCCCUGGAAGCCUCGCUGGUUCGUGCUGGAUAAAACCAAACAUCAGCUGCGGUACUACGACAGCCGGAUGGACACGGAGUGCAAAGGGGUCAUCGACCUGGCCGAGGUGGAGUCCAUCACCCCGGGAACCCCCACCAUGGGAGCUCCCAAGACCGUGGAUGAGAAAGCCUUCUUUGAUCUGAAGACCACGAAACGCGUUUACAACUUCUGCGCCCAGGACGUGCAGGUGGCCCAGCAGUGGAUCGACCGCAUCCAGAGCUGCCUGUCGGACGCCUGAGCGCAGCCUCCCGCGGAGCCUCACAACUCCCUGCACAGACACCUCCCGGGCCCUGACCCCGCGGAGCACGGGCGGCUGCCCAGGCUGGUGUCCCAGCCGGGGCUGGGACUGAUGGAGAAGAAGAUGGAGGAUGAGGAUGCUGAGGAGAAGACCUUCCUUCCUUCCCAUCUGCCGCGCGCCGGCGGUGCCGGCCCGGCCCGCGGCCGGGCGGCGGCGGGGGCAGGACCAAGGUGUGACACGGUGCUUGGUAGGACUGUGGUGGAGGAGAUCCUCACCUCGAAGCGGGCUGGUGGGGCUGGCAGGAGUCUGUCUCCCCCGCCCCCUCACCUAUGUCCCCUCAUCCUGUCCCCCCAGAGCCUGUCUGAGCCCUGUCAUUAGUGUGUCCUCCACAGCCCCCCUGCCCCGCACCAGCUGGAGAAGUUGCCAGGGUGUCCCUCACCUCCACCCCACCCCAAGCUGCUGGAGAAAGGCAGGAGCUGCCACCUCCCUUGUCCCGCCACAGCUGCCAAAGCCCCUGCUGCGGGGGCACCCAGCCCUGCUCCCACCGGCUGCCACCACCCUGCAGGGCAGCAGAUGACCCAGCAGUGGUGCCAGGGCUUUGCUGCUGCAGCUCAGGCUGGUGGCACCGGUGGAGGGGACCCAGUUGGGGCACUGGGACCAUCCUGCCCUGGGGGAUGACCUGUCCCAAUCCUUCAGGAACUUGGCCACACUGCUACUGACUGCCCCAGGACGGUGGCAGGUGGCACCUCAGGCUUUGUAGCUCAGGAGGGGACAUGGCCACAGCCACUCUGCUGCCAGGUGACAAAGGUGGCACAGGGUGGUGGGCACAGGGUGGUGGUGGUGAGCACGUCCCCCAUGGGAGAUACCAAACUGACUGUCCUGGUUUGCUGCCCCCUCUUCCCCUGGCUGUGGUGGUGGGGUGGGGAGGGACACAGUAAGACCACCCCACCCUGAGGUGGCAAGGGUCCUGCUGGGUGUCCCCAAGGGCUGGCACAGGGCUGGGCGCAGCAGCAGUGGCAGGUGCCACCUGCUCUCUUUGCACAGGUUGCCCCCCCCCGGCCCCAACCUCCCACA